AAGUGAGAUUUGAACCUGGAUCUUCUAAUUCCAACCUUUUCUCUACUAUACCAUGAUGCCAUGUGGUUCUAUGUUUAGCCCCAACUUCCCUAUCUUGCAAUGGGGAAACUGAGACCCAAAGAGGGGGAGUGAUUUGGUCAAGAUUACAUGCAGGCUCGGUAGCAGGCCUGGAACUCAAACGUGACUGAGAGCUGUUUGGAGGGCAGCUGAGGACCCAGACAGGAUGCCUGGUAAAUUGGAGUCAUCGGUUUGUCUGGUUACUUCCCAGCCUCCUCUGUUAUCUUCCUCCGUACGCCUCUCCCUCCUUGUUACUAAGAUUGUUCCCUUUGGGACCAGACUCCCAUUCCCCCAUCAAUCCUCACAGUCCAUCAUUUCCAGGGAAGCAACUGGGUUCACGGCCAAAAGGAGCUCUGAAUGGGGAGUCAUCCUCCAGAGGAAGAAAGAGGUCCUGGGGCUGGGGUGAACGUGUUCCAAGCCACACAGCAAAUUAGGUCAGCUGGCCCAGCCCCAGGGUAUUCUGAGGAUGAAGUGGCCGAGACUGUGCUGGUCCCUUACCUGCUUCCUCACUCUACUCAGAGGGCCUCAGUCGUCCUCCCUGUCCUGCCAGGACUCCGAGUACCAGACAGAGGCGGGCGAUUGUGCUGUGUGCCCCACAUGCCCACCGGGAGAGGAGCCCAAUCAGGAAUGUGGUUCUGGACUGGGACUGGGUACUGUGUGCCGUGCCUGCAGGCCAGGCACCUUUUCGACAAGCCUGGGACGAAGCCCCUGCAUACCCCACACUGGCUGUUUCCAUCUGUGGAGGGUCGAGGUCCAGGCGGGGACCACAACCAGCGAUGCUCAGUGUGGUGGCUGUUUUCCAGGGUUUUAUUACCCCAGAAGGCCCAUAACGUUUGUGUGCUGGCCUUGUUCUGAUGCACCUAUGGGCACACCUGACUGUGAGGGUGAGUGUGGGUCUCAUAUGGUGGGUAUUGGGGACAAGGUGCCUAAAAGAUGGGGAGAGUAAGUGAGGGAGAAAUGGAGGCAGAGCCAGAGAAGCAAAGGGUUAAAGAAAAGGAGAACCAGAGAGUGAAAUUAGGGAGAGAGAAACUGAGACACAGAGUUUAGUGUUUUAUAAAUGAUUGCUGAUUGAUUGAGGGUGAGAGAGAUGAAGACAGAAAGGUGGAGACAGGAAGAGAGUGAGACAAAAACCGGCAAAACCAAGGAGAGGGAAGAUGAGUGAGUGUGUGUGUGAGGUAGGGUUGUGUCUGUGUGUGUAUGUGAGAGAGAGAUACAGACAGACAGAGACAGAGACAGGGACAGAGAGAAAAGGAAAAAAAUGAAGAAAGCAAGAGACACUUAGAGAGGGAGGUACAGGGAAAGGCAAACAUGGAAAGAGUCAAAGACAUGGAGACAGAGACAGACAGAGAGGGACAUAGUUUGAGACAGCAAGAGAAAAAAAUGCAGUGAGAUAAGAUGGAAAGGGACAGAUUGAGGAGCGACGGAGACAGGGAAAGACAUAAAGAUGAAGAAAGGCUCGGGAAGGGAAGAGGGAUGGAUACAGGGGGAGACUGACAGCUGGAGGUACAGGACAGCCAGGCACGGAGAAGCAAACAAGAUGAGUAAGAUGAAGAAAGAUGGAGAGAGAUGGAAGAAGACAGAGGGGGUGAUGGAGAAAGAGAACAAAAUCCCAAAGUUGGCAGUACAGAAAGAUAAAGACAGAGACUGAAGGGGCAGAAGGACGAAGGGAGACAGACAGGGGAGAAAGAGAAAAGCGGAUGGAGAUGGGGGUGCUGGGGAGACUGAGACUGCAAAAGAGAUGAGUUAGAAGACAGAGCCCAUUGUCCUGAAGGGGCAGUCCCCUCCCCUUUUCCUUCUCUCUCUCCCAAGCGUUGAAGAGAGAGCACUACGCAGAGCUGAUGCUGACCCACUUUCAGCUCCUGAAUAUGCUGGCUCUCCCCACUAUCCUUGGGGGGCAGGAAUUAGAAGACAGCCAGGGCUGAGACAGCAGCUUUCUCUUCCACGACUGAGGCAUGUCCCUGGGGAAUGGGGGCAUAAAGGAGCUGGGUACAGAGAGGCAGCAUGGGGCUGUGGAAAGAACUCUGGGCUGAGCAGGAGACCUUGCUCUGCCACUAAUUGGCUGUGUGACUUUGGGCAAAUCUCUUCCCCCCACUUCCCCCCCCCACCCCUUGGGCCUCAGUUUCCCCAUCUGUAAAAUGAGAGUGUUUGGAUUCAGGUUUCUGGUGGCAUUCAUGCUAUGUAGACCUAGGAUAAAUUUUUGCCCCUGAUGCCCCCUUUCUUUCGAGGUCUUAGGUAUAGAGGGGGACAGUGCCCAAGAUCACACCAGCAGGAUGGUGCACUGAACUAGAACCCAGGACUUAGGAGGCUCACUUCUCCCCUCCAGGGAGUAAGGACCUGUCUCUGCCAGUCCCUAAGGUCUCACCCCCCAGCAGAUAAUCUCUGAGAUUGGGGAGGAAAGACAGGGACAGUCACUGUCUGUUGAAUGUUUGGUUUGUGACUUCCUUGAGCUAUGUUGGCUGUGUGUGCUGCCCUGUCUAGCUCUGUGUCCCCUGAGCUUUAUGAAAUGAAGGGUCAAGUGGCUAUGCUGGUGACAGAGGUCCCACUGGCACAUCCCCUCCUCAGGGACCAACCCCCACUGCCCUACCCACAUGCGGUCAGUGGCAACCACGGAGCUUCUCUCACACACGCAUAAUGAUAACGUGGAUAAGCAGCAGCACACACAGAUGCACCCAGGCAGCCUGAAGACGCAGGGGAGUAAGAGUGGUCACAACACUGGCAUCCAAGGCCCUGGAUUUGAAUCCUGGCUCAGAGAUUGACUCACUCCAUGGCCUAGGCAAAUCAUUUUACUCAUCUGAGCCCCAGGUAGAGAGUGGAGAUAUUGGUCUAAUGACUGUCUGAGGUCCCUUACACGACUUGAAGACCUAUGAUCUUUUGACACUUUCACGUGCUCACACUCAAACACACAGAUCUGCUCACAUGCUGAUGGAGCCAUCAUGCACACACACACUCUCCUUUCUCUCCCCGUCUUUCACCUGCUGAAUCACCCUCAGUGGCUGUCACCCUGGACCAGAGCCCAGAGCCUGACGGAGUGGGGAAAUAAGGAUGUGUGUGUGUGUGUGUGUGUGUGUGUGUGUGUGUGUGUGU